CCAGCAUCCCACCAUGACCGUUCAGCACCACGCAUGCGAUUCGCCAGAGAGACUGCUACUUGCACACAGCGAAGCUCUAUAGCGAGACUGCACCGCACCGAAAGUGCUUCUAGCCUGCGAGCCGUGUCCAUUUACCUCCGAUAGCGCGCGGGAGCGCGCCUCGUGGGCAAGCGGUCUCGGUCCGCGUUCGAACGGAGCUCAAAGGAGCAGGGGCAGCCAGCCUUCAGAUCUCACAACGCAGGUGGGGAUGCCGCGCGACAACGAAGCCCACUCGACCAGCUCGGCUACAUCACGACGAAAACAAGACGACUCAAGCAGCAGUGACAACGACCAGCGAAUCGUGCUCACGUCGUUCAAGCGUGCUAAGCCUAACCCAAACCCCUCUUCCGCUGGGGUGUCUCAAAGCGACAUUGGCGGGGCCAAGACGAGCAGCAGUGCGAAGAAGCAGCCUGAAACAUUGGCACCCAUCUUCGCGCGCAAAACCCAGAAUCUCCCGCAGUCACGGGCAUCCAACAGAUCAGGAGGGACGAUGAGGCUGGCCUGGCGCUCGCCUUUGAAGCACUUGAAUCGGCCUUCUUGUCUCGUUGGAGCUUACGGAGAUCCCUUCUCAGCUGCCAUUGCUCGUGCUCGAGCACUUCAGAGCGACACUGAACGUAGAGGCUCGCUUAAGAUCGCAGCUUUCGACCUGGAUGGCACCCUCGUCACACCAAAGCAAGGUACCUGGCCGUCGGCGACGGAUGAAUUCGACUACAAGUUUGUCUUCCCAAGCGUCUGCAAGAAAGUAAAGGCCGAGCACGACGCCGGAGCGGUCAUUGUGGUCAUCUCUAAUCAGAAACAGACAGGCGGGAAAUUUGACCCUGCAGCUCCUCCCAAGAAGGUGGUAACGUGGCAAAAGAAGUUGGGUCACAUAGCGGAAGCAAUCGGAGCGCCAAUGCUCGUCUUCGCGGCUCUAGCCGAUGACUACUACCGCAAGCCUGCCCUUGGAAUGUGGGAAGCGACUCUAGCGGAGUUGGAAGCGAGUGGUGGAAUGAGGGAUUGGAUCUGCAUUGAAGCUGGAUCUACAAGGAGCUCUUUCUAUGUUGGAGAUGCAGCAGGGAGAUCAAAAGGAAAGGGUCGUGAGGCCGACCACAACGAUACGGACCGGAAGUGGGCGCUGAAUGCAGGGCUGCCGUUUUAUACGCCAGAGGAGUGGUUCUUGGCCAGUCAGCCCGAGUCGUACGAAUUGAGUGGAUGGAGACCGUCUCAGGAGCAUCUGGCCGAAGUUUCGGACGAUGCACCUCCCUUUCACGAUGACGGCAAGCUCGAGCUAGUCUUUUUCGUCGGGCCACCGGCUUCCGGGAAGACUUCGUACUAUCGUCGUCAUUUUGCGCCUCGUGGAUACGUGCACGUCAACCAAGAUACUCUCAAGACGAGAGACAAGUGCAUCAAGGCUGCAGAAUCUGCACUACAAAAAGGACAAAGCGUCGUCAUUGACAAUACGAAUCCCAAGAGGGCUACGCGAGAAGAGUACAAGAAGAUGUCGCUCUAUGCAUCAGCACGCGUGCGCAUGAUCCUCUUCGAUCUGCCCAGGCACCAUCUGGAACACAAUAAUCUCGUGAGAGCACAUGCGAUGCCGGAUGAGAAGAGGGAGCGCAUCCCAGCCAUCGCUUUCAACUCAUAUUUCAAGAACUUGGAAAAGCCGCACGAAAGCGAGGGAGAGAUUCAUCACGCGCAAUGGACUUUCGUCGGAGAUGAAGAGGCCAAACGUAAGUACCAAAUGUGGUACACCUGAAUAUAUUCCAUUGUGAACG